AGCCAUAGAGGUAUCACAAUUGAGCCGUGGCGUCUUUGAAGCCAACAUUAGUGGUGCAUCAUUUGGGGGCAAAAAGAGGUUUGCAAUUUCACCGUGAAAACGUGCAAUGAUCCGGGUCACGCGUGUCGCGUGAAUUCAGUGAGUAUCCACUGGGAUUACUUUUAGUACCAUUCACGACCUACUGGGUGCCCCAAACCGUAAGUGAAGCCACCCAAAGUUUGGCUCAUUUAGCUGUUGUGUUGUGUCGUGUGUGUGUGUGCGCGCGAGGAAAUUUCUCCUGUUUCGGCACCUUUCGCGGAGCCUCCGCAUUGGGACCCCCUGGCAAGGGUGGAUGCCCCAAAGGUCCAUUGGCACAGUAAUUGGGAAUUUCUGUGGCUGAUUUUGUGCAAUAAAUAGAAAGAAAUCCACGUAGACACGCCAAGUGGCCACAGAGGUCUCAGGCCUCUUCAGUAGAUCUCUGACCUUUCGGCCCUGGCUAGAAAAAUGUAUGGAAAGUCGAAGAAUUCAACGGUCCCAUCGGACGCACAGGCUCGCGAAAAGCUAGCUCUCUACGUGUACGAGUACCUCUUGCACGUUGGAGCUCAGAAAGCAGCCCAGACGUUCCUUUCGGAAAUCCGAUGGGAGAAGAAUAUAACACUUGGUGAGCCACCGGGCUUCCUUCAUUCAUGGUGGUGCGUCUUCUGGGAUUUGUACUGCGCUGCUCCCGAGAGGAGGGAUCAGUGUGAUCACUCGUCUGAGGCAAAAGCCUUCCACGACUAUGGAUUUGUUAGCUCUGGCUAUGGAGUCAAUGGAAUAGCUCAUAACACCGGUCCAGCUCCGAGUCCUCUUGGACAGCUUCCGCCGAACGACGGAAUGCCUGGUGGUCCAAUGGCACCCAAUUUCUUCCCGCCCUUCAUGGGUGCUCCGAGGUACCCGUCUGGACCACGUCCUGGUGUCCGAAUGCCACAGGGCAUUGGGAAUGAAUUCAAUGGGCCUCCGGGGCAGCCAAUGAUGCCAAACAAUAUGGAUCCAUCGCGACAAGGUGAAGCUGGCGAUUUUGUGGCGUGGCAAGGCGGCCCACCGGGUAUUGGCCCAAUGAAUCCACGUAUGAAUCCACCCAGAGGCCCCGGUAUGGGGCCAAUGGGUCCCGGUAAUUACGGACCAGCCGGUAUUCGGGGUCCACCACCACCAAAUAGCUCACUUGGUGGCCCAGGUGGACCGGGUUUACCGCCUGGUAUGGGAAUUGCCGGUGGACGACCACAGUGGCAGCCUAACACCUCUACAACAAUGAGCUACUCCUCGUCAUCACCUGGCACGUAUGGGGGUCCACCUGGAUCUGGGCCACCGGGCCCCGGGACACCCAUAAUGCCGUCACCGCAGGACUCAUCCAAUUCCGGUGGGGAGAACAUGUACACGCUGAUGAAGCCGGUAUCGGGCGGAAAUAUGGGCGGGGAAUUCCCAAUGGGCGGUGGGCCCGAUGGUGGGCAAAUGGGUCCCAUGGGGCCAUCAACAAUGGGUCCCGUGUUGAAUGGCGAUGGACUCGAUGGUAUGAAGAAUAGCCCGGCAAAUGGUGGCCCUGGUACACCCCGUGAGGAUUCUGGAAGUGGCAUGGGGGACUACAAUCUAGGGGCUUUUGCGGGACCAGGCGAAAAUAGUUUACAGCGAAUUUUAGAACUAUUUCACAAAUACUAAUGGCGAUGAGGAAUACAAAGAUGAUGCAGAUUACGAUGAUGAUGAAGACGAUGAUGGCGUUGAAGAUGGAAGAGAUGACGAAGACGAUGGAAUCCAAUCAGACGAAGACGAAGAAAACCAAUCAGACGAAGACUAAGGAGAAAACUGAAGAGAAGAUGGAGGAAACGAAGAAAGCUGAGAAGCCCGUGACACCCAAAAAGACAGGGAAGACGUGGAAAGAUGUGGAGAAAAUAAGGAGAAGACUGAGGAAGCAAUGAGUACAGAGAAAAGUGGAUGAGAAGACGAAGAUGAUGAAGCAAACUAAGAUGGCGUUGAAGACUAAAAAGACAACAAAAUGGCGCACAUGCUUAAAAAAUUGACGAAAGACGUUAAAAAAACGUUGAAGACAAACUCAACGAAGGAAAAGACAACGAAGAUGGGUCAAGAGCCGAAAGAUUUGGAGAAAAUCAAUUUUAAUGCUGAAUCGAGAGGAAAGAAUGAUAAUUUUAAGAAAAUUUUUAAAGAUUAAAAAAUCCAAAAUAGGUAAAGAUAAAAUAAUUUCUAUUUCAUAAGAAAUCUAAUAUAGAAUUAUCGUAAAACAAAAAUUUCUCUUGGAAACUACCAUGUGACCUGUUUUUCAGGAUCAGACGGAAUCAGCGGCAAUUCUCAAGAUCAAAGAAAGUAUGCAAGAGGAGGCGAAGAGAUUUGAAAAGGAUUCAGACCAUCCGGACUACUUUAUGCAGUAAAACAAAAAAAAAGGGCAUAGAAGAAAACAAGAACAAGGACACUUUUCCGGAAUUAUUGUGUACAGAUGUAUUUUAUUUUAUUUUUUUGGUUAAAUUGUGGUGUUAUCCUGGUUCCAAAAACUUUGAGUCUCACGGUGAUCGCGUGUGUGCGAGAGAGAAGACGAUGUAGUGGGUGUAAUUUAUAUUAAUUUUCUUAGUAAUUCAUUAAAAUCUUACCUGUUCCGAGUAUCCUCCCAAAAAAAAAACAAAUCUUUUCUCUCUCAGAGAACUUAAUAAAGAAAAUAUUUAAAGAAAAAAAAGGAAAACUUUUCCAAUAGAUUCGAAUUGAUUUGGAGGAGAUUAUUAAGAAAGAAAAAAAAAAAGAAUAAUCUUUAAGUGCAAAAACAAAAAAUGAAUGAUUAUAUAUAAAUAGAAAUUUCUUCUCUUUUAUUUGUGAAAAAAAAGUGAGCAAAGCAUUAGAAAUCAUUGGAUAUAAUAAAUUAUAUAAAAGAAAAAUUAAGAAGAAAAGAAUAUCGAUUAGAUUAAAUAUGGAAGAAAAAUGUAAGUUAAUUUUAAAUACAAUUUAUUAGGUUUCUAAUGGAUAAAAAACAAGAAAUAAAUAUGGAUACAGUGUACCAAAAUAA